CGCGCGGCCGCCGCUAUUUGAGGCGCGGGGCGGGCGCGCGUGCCCCGCUGCGCCGGAACCGCGGGCCCCGCAGGCCCCGGCCCCGGCCCCUCCGCCCCGCCGGGCCCGGCCGCACCAUGCGAAGCGCCCGGGCGCUGCUGCUCGCCCUCGCUCUGCGAGUCUACGCGCUGGACACCGAGACGCCCGCCGCCGGUUGCACUUUUGAGGAGGACGGCGACCCGAACCAGUGCGAGUACACCCAGGGCGAGGACGAUGACUUCGGGUGGGAGCUCAUCCGCAGCUAUAUGAUGCCGCACCUGACGGCUGACCUGCCUCACGGCUCCUACUUGAUGGUGAACUCCUCGCAGCACGCCCCGGGCCAGAAAGCUCACCUGCUUUUCCAGGCGCUGAGCGAGAAUGACACCCACUGCCUCCAGUUCAGCUACUUCAUGUACAGCCGGGACGGCCACAGCCCCGGCACCCUCAGUGCCUACGUCCGGGUGACGGGGGGCCCGGUGGGCAGCGCUGUCUGGAAUGCCUCCGGCUCCCACGGCCGCCAGUGGCACCAGGCGGAGCUGGCUGUCAGCUUGUUCUGGCCCAGCGAGUACCAGGUCCUCUUCGAGGCGGUGGUCUCCAGCGAGCGCAGGGGUUAUCUCGGCUUGGAUGACAUCUUGCUCUUGAAUUACCCGUGCUCGAAAGCGCCUCAUUUCUCCCGCCUGGGCGACGUGGAGGUCAACGCGGGGCAGAAUGCCACCUUCCAGUGCGUGGCCGCCGGCAAAGCCGCCGAGGCCGAGCGGUUCCUCAUGCAGAGGCAGAGCGGCGAGGUGGUCCCCGCCGCCUCCGUGAAGCAUAUCAGCCACCGGCGCUUCCUGGCCACCUUCCAGCUGGACGAGGUGUCCAAGGAGGAGCAGGACCUGUACCGCUGCGUCACCCAGUCCAGCCGCGGCGCGGGCGUCUCCAACUUCGCCGAGCUCAUCGUGAAAGAGCCCCCCACACCCAUCGCACCCCCCCAGCUGCUCCGGGCCGGCUCCACCUACCUCAUCAUCCAGCUCAACACCAACUCCAUCAUCGGCGACGGCCCCAUCGUGCGCAAGGAGAUUGAGUACCGCAUGACCUCGGGGCCCUGGUCGGAGGUCCACGCUGUCAACAUGCAGACCUACAAGCUCUGGCACCUGGAUCCGGACACGGAGUACGAGAUCAGCGUCCUGCUCACCCGGCCCGGUGAGGGGGGCACCGGCAAACCGGGGCCACCCCUCAUCAGCCGCACCAAGUGCGCAGAGCCCAUGCGGGCCCCCAAAGGCUUGGCUUUCUCCGAAAUCCAGUCCAGACAGCUGACGUUGCAGUGGGAGCCACUGGGCUACAACCUGACCCGCUGUCACACCUACACCGUCUCGCUCUGCUACCGCUAUUUCGUGGGCACCGGCCACAACCAAACUUUCCGGGAAUGCGUGAAGAUGGAGCGUAACGCCAACCGCUACACCAUCAAAAACCUCCUGCCCUACAAGAACAUCCACGUCAAGCUCAUCCUCUCCAACCCCGAGGGUCGCAAGGAGGGCAAGGAGGUGGUAUUCCAGACGGAUGAGGAUGUGCCCGGAGGCAUCGCCUCGGAGUCCCUCACCUUCACCCCGCUGGAGGACAUGAUAUUUCUGAAGUGGGAGGAACCGGUGGAGCCCAACGGCCUCAUCACGCAGUACGAGAUCAGCUACCAGAGCAUCGAGUCCUCCGACCCGGCGGUCAACGUGCCCGGCCCGCGGCGCACCGUCUCCAAACUACGCAACGAGACCUACCACGUCUUCUCCAACCUCCACCCCGGCACCACCUACCUCUUCUCGGUCCGGGCCCGCACCGGCAAAGGUUUUGGCCAGACGGCGCUCACUGAGAUCACCACCAACAUCUCCGCUCCCACCUUCGACUACGGGGACAUGCCGUCGCCGCUGAGCGAGUCGGAGAGCACCAUCACGGUGCUGCUGCGGCCGGCGCAGGGCAGAGGGGCUCCCAUCAGCACCUACCAGGUCAUUGUAGAAGAAGAUCGGCCCAAGAAGCUCAAGCGGGAGCUGGGUGGGCAGGAGUGUUUCCCGGUGCCGCUGACCUUCGACGACGCCGUGUCCCGUGGCUCCGUGCACUACUUUGGGGCCGAGCUGCCCGCCAGCAGCCUCACCGAAGCCAAACCCUUCACCGUGGGGGACAACCAGACCUACAGCGGCUACUGGAACCCGCCGCUGGAGCCCAAGAAGGCGUAUCUCAUCUACUUCCAAGCCAUGAGCAACCUCAAAGGGGAAACCCGACUGAACUGUGUCCGGAUCGCCCGCAAAGCUGCCUGCAAAGAGAGCAAGCGUCCCCUGGAGGUGUCCCAGCACUCGGAGGAGAUGGGCCUGAUCCUGGGGAUCUGUGCCGGAGGGCUCAUCGUCCUGAUUAUCCUCCUGGGAGCCAUCAUCGUCGUCAUUCGGAAAGGGAGGAACUACUAUUCUUAUUCCUAUUACCCAAAACCCGUCAACAUGACCAAAGCGACCAUUAACUACCGCCACGAGAAGACACACAUGAUGAGCGCCAUCGACAGGAGCUUCACCGACCAGAGCACGCUGCAGGAGGACGAGCGCCUGGGGCUCUCCUUCAUGGACACCCACAACUACAGCAACCGUGGCGACCAGCGCAGCAGCGUGGUCAACGAGUCCAGCAGUCUACUGGGGGGCUCCCCCCGCCGCCAGUGCGGCCGCAAAGGGUCCCCGUAUCACACCGGGCAGCUCCAUCCCGCCGUGCGGGUGGCAGAUCUCCUCCAGCAUAUCAACCAGAUGAAGACGGCAGAAGGGUAUGGCUUCAAGCAGGAGUACGAGAGUUUCUUUGAAGGCUGGGAUGCUUCGAAGAAGAAAGACAAGACCAAAGGGAGACAGGAUCACGUAUCGACAUAUGACCGUCACCGAGUGAAGCUGCACCCGCUGCUGGGCGAUCCCAACUCAGACUACAUCAAUGCCAACUACAUCGAUAUUCGGAUUAACCGAGAAGGCUACCACAGGUCCAACCACUUCAUAGCCACGCAAGGGCCCAAGCAGGAGAUGGUGUAUGACUUCUGGCGCAUGGUGUGGCAGGAGCACUGUUCCAGCAUCGUGAUGAUAACCAAGCUGGUGGAGGUGGGCCGGGUGAAAUGCUCUAAGUACUGGCCGGAUGACUCCGAGAUGUAUGGGGACAUCAAGAUCACCCUGGUGAAGUCGGAGACGUUGGCCGAGUACGCCGUCCGCACCUUCGCUCUCGAGAGGCGGGGCUACUCGGCCCGGCACGAGGUGAAACAGUUCCACUUCACGUCGUGGCCCGAGCAUGGCGUCCCCUACCACGCCACGGGGCUGCUGGCCUUCAUCCGCAGGGUGAAAGCAUCCACGCCGCCCGACGCUGGCCCCAUCGUCAUCCACUGCAGCGCCGGCACGGGGAGGACUGGCUGCUACAUCGUCCUGGACGUUAUGUUGGACAUGGCCGAGUGCGAGGGUGUCGUGGACAUCUACAACUGCGUGAAGACCCUGUGCUCGCGGAGGAUCAACAUGAUACAGACGGAGGAGCAGUACAUCUUCAUUCACGACGCCAUCCUGGAAGCCUGCCUGUGCGGGGAGACCAGCAUCCCCGCCAGCGAGUUCAAGCCCACCUACAAGGAGAUGGUGAGGAUAGAGCCGCAGAGCAACUCCUCGCAGCUGCGGGAAGAGUUUCAGACCCUGAACUCAGUGACUCCCCACCUGGACGUGGAGGAGUGCAGCAUCGCUCUCCUGCCCCGCAACCGGGAGAGGAACCGCAGCAUGGACGUCCUGCCGCCCGACCGAUGCCUUCCCUUCCUCAUCUCCGUGGAUGGAGACAGCAACAACUACAUCAACGCGGCCUUAACUGAUAGCUACACCAAGAGCGCUGCCUUCAUCGUCACCCUGCACCCGCUGCAGAACACCACCACCGACUUCUGGCGGUUGGUGUACGACUACGGCUGCACCUCCAUCGUCAUGCUCAACCAGCUCAACCAGUCCAACUCCGCCUGGCCCUGUUUGCAGUACUGGCCUGAGCCGGGGCUCCAGCAGUACGGUCCGAUGGAGGUGGAAUAUGUUUCCAGAGCGGCGGAUGAGGACGUUGUGUCCCGUCUUUUCCGAGUCCAGAACAUCACACGGUUGCAGGAGGGACACCUGAUGGUCCGGCAUUUUCAGUACCUGCGGUGGUCGGCAUACCGAGACACCCCGGACUCCAAGAAGUCCUUCCUGCACCUCCUGGCCCAAGUGGAGAGGUGGCAGAAGGAGAGCGGCGAUGGCAGGACCGUGGUGCACUGCCUGAAUGGAGGUGGCCGGAGCGGCACCUUCUGUGCCUCCACCAUGAUCCUGGAGAUGAUCAAGUGUCACAACAUGGCAGAUGUUUUCUAUGCUGCAAAGACCCUCCGCAACUAUAAACCAAAUAUGGUGGAGACCUUGGAGCAGUAUCAUUUCUGCUACGACAUAGCACUGGAAUAUCUGGAGUCCCUGGAGACCAGAUAGCACCUCGCCAGGAGAGCGGCGGCAAGGGCUUGCGCAGGGGUCGUGCCAACCGCGCGUGUCGCGCUUGGACGUUGUGUUAGUGCUGAAGGUGAGGAGGGAAACGGCAAAGGACCCAAGGAGAAAACCCAUCAGAUCAAGAAAAACGAAAGGAUGUGAGGACGUGUUGGCUGCUCCCCAUCUUCAUCCUCCGCUCUCCAUCUUUUCUUCCCGCCCUGAGCACAUCUGAGCGGCCGUGGGUCGCAUGCCACCACUCGUCCCGUCCCUGCAUCACUCUGAGUCACGGUCGUGGGGUUGGUGUGCGCAGGAUGUGGCCCCGCGGUGCUGCCCAGGCAUCUCUAAAGCAGCUGGAGUGGAGGCCGGGGAGGGGAGGAGGAUGGAAGGAGCUGAGGCCGUUUCCUAGCAGGGAAGGAUGGAUAUUUGGAGAAGAGAUGUUGCUUUUUAAUUGUGCGUGGAGUCGAAGCUGCUCUUCCGAGGAGCCCAGACGGCUGCCGGCGGCUUUCGCCCUUGGUGGGGAUGUGCUCUGAGCCCGAGCGAAGACCCUGAGAGGAGCUCUGGAGUUUCUGCCCGUUCGCACCAUGAGUUUGAUCUUCGCUUUUUUCAGUUCUGUGAGUUGCGACCCUUGGUGUAUCCAGCCCUGGUCAGAGCGGGGAGGUGGGACGGUGGCGGGACGUGGACAGCGCUGGGCACAUGAUGUCCCUCUGCAGGGACCGACCCAGACCCCUCCUGGCGCAUUUGCAAAGCUUUUCAAGUGACGGUUCCCCUGCGUCUCUGCACCAUUUCUCCAUCCGUAGCAAUUAAUUCCUCCUGGGCUGACCCGAAGGCACCAGCCCACGGGUCCAUUUUUAACCCUUCCCUUGCGAAUCGCUUGGCUUUUGCUGGGGGUGGCGAAGCGGGAUGGUCAGUUUUGGUGAUGGCGUCGGCGUGGGGUGAGCCAUGCUGAAGCCCUGGGCCGUGGCAGUGCUUUGGGGCUGGGCACGGGGAGGUCCCUGCACCCCCAGUGCCACCCGGGAACGAGCGUAUGGGGACGGUGAUUGAAGGUACCUGGUACUUUAUUGGCUUCGUCUGCUCUGGUCGGGUGUGAGAUGGCACUUUUUCUGUCUGAUAUUAUAAUAAUUACAGAGGUGUCUGCUUACAGGGGAGAGCUGUUGUGAUCAAGCUGUGGUCAGGGUUUUCUCUCCCUCGCAAAUGACCUCAAGAAGGUGCAACCAGAGGGACGCAGGUCUGGGAUCUGCCUUAGAGACUUGAGGAACUGAGGGGAGGUUGCUUCUGUCUUGACGGCCAGGCAGAACCCUUCACAGUCAUUGUUUGGGGGGGAUGAAGCAGAACAGAUGAGAAACUGUCCUCCAUACACUGGAGGAUGCAUGUGGGCAACCCCGUCCUUCAUGCUCCCCCCAUCCUUCAUCCCCCCCCAUCUUCAGCCCCAUCUCUCCAGGGCAGGGGAAGCUUCCCUGCCCGGAGGCUGGGGACCCAUCUCCCCGGGACUUGCAUUCAGAUCCACACCAUGGCUCAAAGCUUUGGAAGAUGCGGUUUGGUUGGACAGAUCUGCAGCACAAAGGCUGCAGAGCCAAACCAGCUGCACCCCAGGGUGAGCAAACCCAGGAGGUAGUUCCAUCCACCUUCCAAGGUUGGAGGAGAGCACCAAGAGUGUCCUUUCUGCACCUUGGAGGAUGUCCCACCUGCAGCCUUGCAGACUCCUGGAGGUGGUGAUGGGCAUUUCAGCAGCAUCGGCGGGUUUUGCCCAGACACUCGGCUUUCCCAUGUGCUUGCCAAAUAAUUCACAUGGCCUGACAAUAACUUAUUCCAAGGGCUACAGAACGUUAUUCCCCUCUGUUUCUGCCCCUGCUGUCUAACCCUGCCAUGUGCCCACGCUGUCUCAUCCCCAAACAGUCUGUUGACCCCACCAGAGCCUGCAGAACGGUCUGGUUACGCCAGCGCUCGCAUCGCAAGGCUUGCCUUGGAAUAAAUUAGUGUCCUUUUCCCAAUCCCCAUCUCUUUGUAGAUGCGUCCACACUGUCCCGGGGUACCCGCAGGGUGGUGGGUGCAGAGAGGUCCCAGGGUGCAGAAAUUUUUUGGGUUUGUAUGAAAACAGCUGAGCUGAACCUUUGAAAUUCCCAGGACUGGGAUGUUGGUGGCACCGUUCAGCCCCGGGGGCUGGAGGGAUGCUGCUGCUCCUUCAUCCCACGCCGGGAGCCUGGACCAUCUGCGUCUCCCUCCGGUCCAGAGGGAGGGAGCAUCCCGCAGUGAAUCGCAGGUAAAGCGUUGCCAGAAAGAAAAGAAAAAAAAAAGGAAAAUUGAAACCCUACUUAGUCCUAAUGAGACAACAGAGACUGGAGGAGUUGUACAUAUGAUUUAAAAGCAAGAUUUUUUUUUUUUUUUUUUUGAUAUCUCCUUGCUGGUUGUCUCUGGGUUUUUAGGGCAUCCCUUGUGAAGGGCAGACUUUGAAAUCAAAGUGCUAUAAAAACCAACUGAUCUCCAACUCCUACUGAGAUGCCCAUAUGACAUGAGGCAAGGACAUCCUGUACAUAGAAAUAUAUAUAUAGAAAUAUAUAUAUAAAAAUAUAAAUACUGUUCUUAAGAUGGAUAAUGUUUAUUGGUAUUACAGAUUGGAGUGGUGCUUUUUUUCUUUUUAAUAAAAACAAAACAAAACAAAAAAAAAAUUAAAACCUGAGAAAAACACCAAAUUGGAACGAUUGGUCUAUAUGCAGAAAAAGUGACCCCGAAAGCUGGCAGCAUCCGAGAGCUGCUGCCGAAGGGACUGGUACCACGAGGCCGUUCCACCGCAGAGGGGGGACCGAGGGAGGGAUGGCGAAGGAGGGCCGUGUCUGAUGUGGAUUGUACCACGCACAUCCAGCUGUUGUUAACUGUUUUUUUAUUAUUAUUAUUAUUAUUAUUUUUGGCUUUCUUUCCUUUUAAGAAAAUCAGUUG